AUGAGAAGUCUAAAUGAUGUUUAUGCCACUUGUAAUUACUAUGUGGUAGAACCCGAAUGUUUUGAAGAAGCUAUAAAGGAUGGAGCAUGGCAAAAAGAAAUGGAAGAUGAAAUUGCAGUAAUUGAGAAGAAUUCCACUUGGGAAUUGGUUGAUAGACCUAGUGACAAAGAGGUCAUGGGUGUCAAGUGGAUUUAUAAGACAAAGUUGAAUUUAGAUGGUUCAGUUCAGAAAAACAAAGUAAGGCUAGUUGCAAAAGGCUAUUCGCAACAACCUGGAGCAGAUUUCAAUGAAACUUUUGCACCUGUGGCUAGAUUAGACACAAUCCGCACACUAAUUGCGUUAACUGCACAGAAUGGUUAG